UACCAGGAGCAGUGAAAGGAACCGACAUGCACACAUUAAUACUCCUUUUCUGUUUUAAUUUUUCACUUUCAGCUUCCUUUUACUUCCACUCAGAGGAGCGAGAGGAGAAAUGUAUAAUACAAGAUGUUCCGAGUGAAACACUGAUCACAGGGACUUUCAAGAUACAGCAGUGGGACAUAGACAGACAUGAUUUCCUCGAAGCUGCUCCUGGUUUGGGAAUGUUUGUGACUAUUACAUCUUACAAUGAAGAGGUACUAUUCUCAAAGCUAUUUGACUCGCAAGGGACAUUCUAUUUUACUUCACAUUCGCCUGGAGAACACAUCAUUUGCUUAGAGUCUAAUUCUACAAGGCUUAUGUCAUUUGGUGGGAGUCGGCUGCGUAUCCACUUAGAUAUUCGAGUUGGAGAACAUGACCUUGAUGUAACAAUUGCUCAGGCAAAGGACAAAGUUAAUGAAGUUACCUUCAAGCUUGAACAUCUAAUUGAGCAAAUUGAGCAAAUACUCAAAGAACAAAACUAUCAAAGGGACCGAGAAGAAAACUUUCGAAUGACCAGUGAAGAUACAAACAGCAAUGUUUUAUGGUGGGCUUUAGCACAAACAUUAAUCUUUAUUUCAGUUGGAAUUUUCCAAAUAAAGUACCUUAAAGAUUUCUUUAUAGCUAAAAAACUUGUUUAG